AGAGUCGCGCUUUUAUACUAAUCUCCGUUUCCUAUGUACUUUAUUUUCUCUAUGAGUUAAAAGAUACCAUAGAACUUAUGUUAAGGAAUCGUGUGGUAGGGUGUUAUACGAUUAAUAUUUGUUUAGAUUAUAAUACAAGUUUAAAUUUUGGUGAAGAUGCCAGCUGCUGAAGAUGUGGGUACGAGCUGGGCAGAUGAAGUAGAAGAAGAGGGUUCCGGAGGAGCGUUGCCUCCGUCCACUGAAGUAAUUAACAAUGGCUACAAGGUUAUCACAGAGUACAAGCUCAAUGAGGAUGGCAAGAAGGUCAAAGUUGUUCGCACGUUCAAGAUCGAGCGCGUGAUCGUGUCAAAGACGAUCGCGCUGAGGAAAACGUGGCCGAAGUUUGGACAAUCCAAGAACGACAAGCGGGGCCCCAACCCGGCCACGACCAUAGUGGCGGAAGACGUGUUCAUGCAGUUCAUCUCGAGCAAGGAGGAAGAAAACAAGCAGGAGGAAGAUGUGAUGGACAAGUUGAAGUCUGUCGGCGACAAGCUGGUCAAGUGCAGGAAAUGCAACGGCGACCACUGGACGACCAAGUGCCCCUUCCGGGACACGGAACUGCCUGCCGGCAAGAUGCUGGACGACAAGAAGCCGAGCGGAGCGACCUUGAGCAGCGUCAGCUCCUUGGGCGACGACAAGAGCAAGCAGACCAAGUACGUUCCGCCCAACCUGCGUGGAGACCCCAGCAAGCGAGAGGGUUUGACCAACCCGAGGCUCCGCGAUGAUGCAACAGCCAUCAGGGUGUCCAACCUAUCUGAGAGUACUACCGAAACCGACUUGGAAGACCUGGUGAAGCCUUUUGGACCCAUUUCGAAGCUCUACCUUGCGAGAGAUAAGCAAACUGGCAUUUGCAAGGGAUUUGCUUACAUUCACUUUAAAAUGAGAUCAGAUGCAGCCAAGGCUAUUGCAGCUUUGAAUGGGCAUGGCUAUGAUCACUUAAUUCUAAAUGUUGAUUGGUCGAAGCCUCCAGCGACCAGUAAUUAAAUGUUAAGAAAUCUUGUCACAUAAUAUGUAUGAGAGUAAUAUUGCUAUAAGAAACUCAACUGUUGUAUUCUAUGGACACAGACUACCAUUUUCAUUUUAAUAAUUGUCUGUAUGAUGAAUCUGUUUAGAUAAACCUCCAUGCAAAUAUUUUGGUAGGCAGUGCAUUUUAAGAAUGUUACUUGCUUGUUUUGGUUUUUAUGUUUUCAAAUAUUAUUACAUUGUAAGUUUAUAAAAACAAAGCCUUUGCAUUGUAUUAGCUAUGAAUAAAUGUUACUUUAUGUACAGAA